AUGAGCUCCGAGAAUAGCAGCAGUCCGUGGAAUGUGGCGCCCGCCUCAAGUCCCGAGUCGGCCAGUCCGUGGGCCGUGUCUCCUUUUCAGACGAGCAACCCGUUUAAAUCUCCCGUCACGUCUUCGUCGUCGCCCACGGAGACAGAGCCCGAGCCAGAUACGGCCAGCUACGCUAUGGCAGAAGGGCUACCGAGCAAAAAAGGGACGACCCCCAUCUUUGCUGCGGCCUUUGAGCCUGCAAAAGAAGCAGAGAAGCCUGCUGCACCAUCAUCGGCAUGGACGGUGUCCCCUGUUGCUGAGGCCAAAGAGACAGUGUCAAGGUCGGCGUGGACGUCUGCUGUUCCUGUAGCUGCGGAGGAAGUCAAGAAGGCAACGUCUGCAGUGGUGAAGGAUGUCCGUGUUCCUGUUGUGGAAGAAGACGCUGAAGAAGUGAAGGAGUCUAUUGUGAAUAAGAAGGAGGAUGAAGUGGAGGAAAAGGCUGAAGACGACUCGACCGGAGUAGAAGCUUUGCAGGAAGUGUCUGCAAGCGCAUGGACAACUGCACCUGUCCAUGCACGAGCUGAAUCGACGCCUGUUGUGAUAGAAUCUGUAUCAGAAGAGGUCACCAUUGUGGAGGAAGAUGAAGUGUCGGAUGAAUCUCUCGGCGAUUCACCGGUUGCUGUAAAAUCAGUUCGAGAAGCACCUGCUCCGAUGGUCGAUGAGUUUGUUGUUCUGCACAACGAGACAGCAGAUGAGGGAACUUCCGUCGCGACAUCGGACGGCUCGUGGACCACUGAGUCCGUUCAAGAGGAGAUCCGUUCUGUCGCAACCGAGGUAGAUACUGUCUUGAAGGAGCCCGGGAAUGUGACAGGAACAGUAGAGUCGGUGGUAAAUACCGCUGUAGUUGCAUUGGAUGAGGAGCCACUUUACGCCAAGAAAGCCUCUUUGGAAGCAGCAAGUGCAUGGACUGUGGCACCUGUGCAAAACAAAACGAGCGAAGCCAAUGAUUGUGCUGCAACUCCUGUUCGGGAGGAAGUUUCGCCAGCAAAGGUAGCCACCCUUGUUCCGGUAGUGAAGACGCCAGAACCAAUUGCGGAGUCGUCCGAACCUAUUGUGGAGUCGUGCGAACCUGUGGUGGAGACCUCUGAACCCAUUGCGGCAGCAUCCAAGCCGAUGGCGGAAGUUCAUGUUGCAGAAGAUGCCCCGUCAACUAGCACAUGGAAUUCUGCGCCUGUUCAAGUGAAAGUACUGAAAGAGGUCGCCCUCGCCGCGGUGGAUACGAUCGAGCAGAAGUUUGAAUUGACUGAUGAGAGUGUUAAGCCCCAUGCUGAGGAGGUUGUUGUUGAGACGGAGAAGGAAACGCCGCCAUCAUCUUCGGCGUGGAAUGCGGCUCCAGCACAGGAGCAGGUGAAAGCUGCCUUGGUGGAGAAGUCGACAAAGCCCGUAAAGGAAGCAGAGUUGGUCCAGAAACACGUCAUUGUUGAUAACAAGCCAAAGAAUGUGACCAAAGCGACGCCUAUAGCAGCCGUCAAGGAGGUUGUUGUCGAGGCAGAGAAGGAAACGCCGCUAUCAUCUUCGGCGUGGAAUGCGACUCUAGCACAAAAAGAGAUGAAAGCUGCCGUUGUGGAGAAGUCGAUGAAGCCCGCAAAGGAAGCAGAGUCUGUUCAGAAACACGUCAUUGUUGAUAACAAGCCAAAGAAUGUGACCAAAGCGACGCCUAUAGCAGCCGUCAAGGAGGUUGUUGUCGAGGCAGAGAAGGAAACGCCGCCAUCAUCUUCGGCGUGGAAUGCGGCUCCAGCACAAAAAGAGAUGAAAGCUGCCGUGGUGGAUAAGCCGACAAAGCCCGCAAAGGAAGCAGAGUUGGUCCAGAAGCACGUCAUUGUUGAUAACGAGCCAAAGAAUGUGACCAAGGCGACGCCUGUAGCGGCCGUUAAGGAGGCUGUCGUUACCACUGAAGCUAUGGCUGAGGACGCCAAGAUUGAUAAGAAGGCCAUCGCGAACGCGUUCGAUGGUGUAGCCAGCUACGAGGUCAACAGUGUGGCCAAACCAAAGAAGAUCCCGAUGGUGGAGGCGGCCGUUAGUAGACCGGCUGAUGCACCUGGAGCGUGCGGCACAUGUGGCGGCUGCAGUAUCCAGUAA